GCCAAGUUUUUUUCUCUAACAGAUAAUACAGUGCCUUCAUAUGUUAUCUUACAUAAAGUCAGCUGUUAGUUUUUAGUACUCACACAUUUUAACAAUUUUCACAACAAAUUACGUAGAUUUAGAAUAAUCUCACGAAAUUAUAACAAAAUGGCCUCCUCCAUGAUAUUGGCUGGUUUAGGUGUAGCCGCUGUCGGUUUUGCUGGCAAACACUUAAUGCGCCGCAUGCCUGCUAUGACCACCAAAAUUAAUGAAACUUUAAAAAAUUUACCCAAAUUUGAUGCUGAAUCUUUGGCAGCCUCCAAAUACUAUAAGGGUGGUUUCGAUCCAAAAAUGAAUAAACGUGAAGCUUCCUUAAUAUUGGGCGUUAGUCCUGGAGCUUCAAAAUCCAAGGUCAAGGAUGCCCACAAAAAGAUUAUGUUAUUGAAUCAUCCCGAUCGUGGUGGUUCUCCCUAUUUGGCCGCCAAGAUUAAUGAAGCUAAAGAUUUUAUGGACAAUGUCAAGUAAAUUGUUUGUUUUAUGCAGCUAUUGUGUUUUCAUUUCUUAAGCUACGUUCACAUCUAUCAAAUGUUUGACAAAAAUAACGUGACACCUUAAAAAUCUACAUUUUGAUUUCCUUAAAAUAUAUAUUUAUUUGCACAAACAUAAUAUAUCUUUGACGACAUCAGUUCAGAAAGACUUUAUUAUUUGCAAUUACAAAAAUCAUGCAGAAUCAAAAAUAAUUUUACAAAAAUUAGUGGUUACGUCUUUUCAUCAAAUAUUUGAUAGAUCUGAAUGUAGCUUUAUAAUUUGUUGACUAUGUUAAAUGGAGUACCUCUUGUUAAUAUUAAGAUUUAGAUUUUACAAUAUUAGUAAACAAGUAUAGUAAUUAAUAAAAAAUUUGUAAUGUAA